GUGCUUGAAGUAAAUCGAUGAUUUGAAUGAUUCAAUGAGACCUUAACCUAGGUUAGGUAGAUGAAUCCAUUAGGUACCUAAUUGAUGUGUGACCCUCAGGCUGAGGGCCUCGGCUCAACUCGUGGCUGAUGAUUACCUAAGUAUCUAAGUACCUAGGUACCUAGGUAACCUACCUAAGCAUAAGGCUGACCUAGAGUGUGGCAAGUGUGGCUAACAAGCUUCCCGGUUCCGACCCCACUAAAUUCAAGCUUUCCAGCUCCCAGCACUUUGUCACCAUAUCACAUCGCUGAAUCACAUCACCGAGCAAGAAUUCCUAGUCGCGCAACUCUAUCAACAGGUAUUAUACUAUACCAAACCCAAGAGUGCAGCUCAUUCAAGAUGUUGCCCCUCGGUCUCUUGAAUGCGGCCCAAGGUCAUCCUAUGCUCGUAGAGCUUAAGAACGGAGAGACACUAAACGGACAUUUAAUACAAUGUGAUACAUGGAUGAACUUAACGCUAAAGGAGGUCAUCCAGACGAGUCCAGAAGGAGACAAAUUCGUUCGCCUGCCCGAGGUAUAUAUCAAAGGAAAUAAUAUCAAAUACCUCCGAGUACCAGACGAGAUCAUCGACCUUGUGAAAGAGCAGCACCAUGGUCAACAAGGUGGAUUUAGGGGUGGCCGUGGUGGUGGACACGGCCAACAGAGAGGAGAUCAUGGCGGUAGAGGCGGUGACAGAGGCGGCCGGGGCGGACGAGGCCAAGGAAGGGGUAGGGGCAGAGGCCGAGGAGCUUGAAAACAGACCGGUAAUAUGAUGCCAACGUGGAAGAUACAAUGCAGGUGGUCAAGCCACUGACAGGGCUCCCGAACAGUAGCAGCAUGAGGACGUACCUAUAACACGCCUCCAAGAAGCUAGCAAAGUUGGGCCACAGUGCUAGGAUACAGUUCAGAUGAAGAUACCCAAGCCCGCCGCGAUGGCGUUGGCGCAAACAGUACACGUGUAUUUGUUAAACGACUGUGAACUCCGAACAGACCUUUGAAACUCCGAGCAUAGGCCGCGGGGAGAGCCAUGGUGACAAUCCAAGUACGCUCCGGGACAUGCCCUAAACUCUGAGCUACUAGGUAUUUCAAGUUUUCCGACUCUUCAUACCAUGAAUGUCUUAGAUCUAUACAUGUAAAGAUGUACCUAUGUACAUAGGAACAUGUGGAUACAGACCGAACCUUAUGUACAUACAUAAGUACCUACCUAGGUUAGGUAAUUAGGUCUUAGACCUGCCAGCUGCAAAC